CUCCAAGGAAAGUUUUCGCCGGCGGAGGGCGGCAGUAUCGGCCGGCUUCGAAACGGCCAAACUUCUCCCUAGCCAAGCUAUCUACGCUUUGGAAUAAUGAAAUAUAUCAACCUACCUAGCUACUAUACAUACAUAUAUCCUUCACCAAAGACUGCUCACACUAGCUUUGGUGAUCAUCAUCAUCAAACAAACCAUAUCAUAUCAUGGGAUCAGUCAACAGUUGCUGUGGCUCUGAAAAGAUCGAUGAAGGGUCGAAAAAUGUUGUGGGUGGUGGAGGUAACACUUCUUGGAGAAUAUUCACGUACAAGGAGCUUCAUUCUGCAACCAAUGGGUUUAGUGAGGAUAACAAGCUUGGAGAAGGAGGUUUUGGAAGCGUUUAUUGGGGUAAAACCUCUGAUGGACUCCAGAUAGCUGUGAAGAAGCUGAAGUCCAUGAAUAAUUCAAAGGCAGAGAUGGAGUUUGCAGUGGAGGUGGAAGUGUUGGGAAGAGUAAGACACAAGAACCUGUUAGGACUGAGGGGUUAUUGUGCUGGAAAUGAACAGAGGCUUAUAGUCUAUGAUUAUAUGCCAAAUCUCAGUUUGUUAUCACAUUUGCAUGGCCAAUAUGCCAGGGAAGUUCAAUUGGACUGGAAAAAGAGAAUGAGAGUUGCAAUUGGAUCUGCCCAAGGCUUAUUGUACUUACAUCACGAGGCAACUCCACACAUAGUUCAUAGAGACGUCAAAGCUAGCAAUGUUCUCCUGGAUUCCAAUUUUGAACCGCUAGUGGCCGACUUUGGCUUUGCAAAGCUCAUCCCGGAAGGGGUGAGUCACAUGACAACUCGUGUGAAGGGAACAUUGGGUUAUCUUGCACCUGAAUAUGCAAUGUGGGGCAAAGUCUCAGAAAGUUGUGAUGUGUACAGCUUCGGGAUACUUCUCCUGGAGAUCGUCACGGGCCGGAAACCCAUCGAAAAGCUCCCCAACGGCAUCAAAAGGACGAUAACCGAGUGGGCGGAGCCCAUGAUCGCCAAAGGAAAGUUCAGUGACCUAGUUGACCCUAAGCUCCGAGGAAACUUUGAUGAAACCCAGCUGAAGCAGGCCAUCAAUGCGGCGGCGCUGUGCGUCCAGACCGAGCCGGAGAGACGGCCGACGAUGAAAGAAGUUGUGAGCCUGCUUAAAGGGCACGAUCCGAUGAAUGGGAACAAGGGAGUGCAGCAGAAUCUGAGGAUUCAGAGUGUUAAGUACGAGGAAGAUUUGAUGAGACUGGACCAGACCAGCGAUGACGAUGAAGAUGAUGACGACGAUGAGAGCUCUGCAAAAGUAGAUGAGAGCAGUGCGUAUGGUGUAUUUGGUGCCAUGGAAAUGCAGAAGAUGAACGACCCUUACAAGCGUUAUGGAGAUAAAUAAAAGAACAUAAUUAAUAUAAUAUAAUGUACGUGUGAUGCAUGAAUGGGAACAAUAUUUCUGGUGUGGUUUAGUACGUAAAGUUUGUUGCAUGUUUCUAAGGUUUAGUGACACUUUUUGAUCCAACAGGUAAA